CUCUUCUUCAAGUCAAUGUUUGAUGAAAUGACAUGGAAGCUAAUAACCACACACAACAAACCAUCAUCAUUAGCACAUACAAGAUGCUCAUGCUAAUACUGCACACUUUCUUCUUCUGCUUCAUUCCCUCUUUAUCUAUGCAAUAUGAAACUUUUGUUAUUAUUACACCAGAUCAUUCUAUCCAAGGUAAUCAGACUUUGGUGUCUUCAGCUGGGACUUUUGAAGCUGGAUUCUUCAACUUUGGAAAUGUACAACUCCAAUACUUUGGUAUAUGGUACAAAACCAUAUCACCUAGGACCUAUGUUUGGGUUGCUAAUAGAGAUGCUCCGGUACAAAACUCAAAAGCAAUUCUAAAACUUACUGAUCAAGGAAGUCUUAUUAUUACUAUUCUGGAUGUUUCUAGGAGCAUUGUUGUAUGGUCCUCCAAUGCAUCAACAGUUGCGGAAAAACCGGUCAUGCAACUUUUAGAUUCAGGAAAUCUUGUUGUGAAAGAUGGUGAGAAGAUUUUGUGGGAGAGUUUUGAUUACCCUGGUGACAAUUUCCUUGCAGGAAUGAAGCUUAAGAGUAAUUUAGUAAAUGGUACUUAUAGGUCUCUCACAUCUUGGAAAAGUGUUGAAGAUCCUUCUCUUGGUGAGUUUUCUUAUCACAUAGAUGUUCAUGGAUUUCCUCAAUUAGUUACUACAAAGGGAAAAACUUUGUUUAGUAGAGGAGGACCAUGGAAUGGUUAUGCUUUUGGUGCAAUUUCAUGGCUAAGGAAUCUUAAGUUGUUCAAAUUUUCUCUAGUUUUCACUGACAUGGAAGUUUCUUAUGAAUACGAAACAUUGAAAAAAGAAACUAUUACUAGAUUAUGGCUUAAUCCAUCAGGUCUUGCACAAAGAUUGGUAUGGUCAGAUACGAAAAGAGAUUGGGAGAUUAUAUCGACUCGUCCGAUGGAUCAGUGUGAGUAUUAUUCAAGUUGUGAUGAUAAUUCUAUCUGCAAUAUUACAAAUUCUCCAAGAACAUGUCAAUGCUUGGAAGGUUUCAUCCCAAAGUACAAUGAAAAAUGGAAUUCUUUAGAAUGGUCUGGUGGAUGUGUUAGAAGAAUAAGGUUAAAUUGUAUUGGAGAUGGAUUUCUAAAGCACUCAGGAGUAGAGUUGCCAGAUACCUCCUCUUCCUGGUUUAACAAUAGCUUGAGCCUUAAGGAAUGUGAGAAAAUGUGUUUGAAAAAUUGCUCUUGUACAGCAUAUGCAAGUUUAGAUAUUAAAAGUAAUAGUGGCUGCUUGCUUUGGUUUGGUAAGAUAAGGGACUUGACGAAACAUAUAGACCAAGGACAAGAUAUUUUCAUAAGACUGGCAACUUCAGAGUUAGGUCAUAAGAGAAACAAUUGGAGCUUUAAAAACAAGAAGCUUGCAGGGGCACUAGGAGCAGGGGGAGUCAUUUUAUUCAUCAUGAUUCUUGGAGUGGCAACAUUUACAUAUAUAAAGAGAAAUAAGCUUGCAAAGCCAGGUGAAUUUAAAGUUUCCAAUAUUAGAAUGAAGAGAAGUUUUCAAUUCUAUAAUCAUAUUCAUGUUCCUCCAAAUAUCCUUUUAGUUAUACUUAAUCAGUUAAUCCUUCCUACCAUUUUAGGGAUGCUAAAAAUAUUUCACAGGAAGUACAAAAGGGAGAAGGAAGAUGUGCAAUUAUCAACAAUAUUUGGUUUUUCAACCAUAUCUAAUGCAACAAAUCACUUUUCAGACAGUAACAAGUUAGGACAAGGUGGUUUUGGACCGGUAUACAAGGGCAUAUUGGACGAUGGACUAGAGAUUGCAGUCAAGAGGCUAUCAGAAACUUCUGCACAUGGAGAAGAACAAUUCAAAAAUGAAGUCAUGUUGAUGGCAAAGCUUCAACACCGCAAUCUUGUAAAACUUCUUGGUUGUUCAAUUCAUCAAGAGGAAAGGCUUUUGAUCUAUGAAUUCAUGCCCAACAGAAGCUUGGAUUAUUUCAUUUUUGAUUCAACUCGAAAGGAACAGCUAGGUCUGAUAAAACGGUUCCAAAUUAUUGACGGGAUUGCUCGUGGGAUGCUAUAUCUUCAUCAAGACUCUAGAUUAAGAAUCAUCCAUAGAGACUUGAAAACUAGCAAUAUUCUUCUUGAUAGUGAUAUGAAUCCAAGAGUAUCAGAUUUUGGUCUAGCCAGAACAUUUCGAGGAGAUCUAGACGAGUCCAAUACAAAUAGAUUGAUGGGAACAUAUGGUUAUAUGCCACCUGAAUAUGCUGUGCAUGGAUCAUUUUCAAUUAAAUCCGAUGUUUUUAGCUUUGGUGUAAUUGUUUUGGAGGUAAUUAGUGGGAGAAAGAUUCGAAAUUUUUUUGACCCUUGUCAUCAUCUUAAUCUUCUUGGUCAUGCAUGGAGACUAUGGAAUGAAGAAAAGGCACAAGAGCUCAUAGAUGAUAUAUUCCAUGGUACAACUAUUCCAUGUGAAAUAUUGAAAUGUAUUCAUGUUGGUCUACUAUGUGUGCAACAAAUACCAGAACAUAGACCAAACAUGUCAUCUGUGGUCUUAAUGUUGAAUGGUGAAAAACUGUUGCCUGAUCCUAGCCAACCUGGGUUCUAUACUGCAACAGCUCAUCAUCCAAUUCAGGUAGAAUCUUCUUCAAGUUAUGGAGAUUGUUCACAAAAUGAAGCUUCUGUGACAUUAUUAGAGGCGCGAUAGAAUAUCAGUGUGUUCAUACCUGAUCGUGGUGCUACAAGGCUUAAAUGUGCAUUCGGAGGAACUUAUUUGUACUUGUAUAUAUUAUCACAAAAGUGCUUUGUGUAAGUGAUUGUGAAAGCUUAUAAAUGUAGUGUAUAACAUGCAUAUAAGAUUUUCAGGUUAUUUCAAUAAA